UUCUUUGGAUUUGCUUCAGAAGUUAGUAUACUCUGAAACGCUUGAAGAGUAUCAAACCCCAAGAGCAGAAUUGGAGCAAACAUGUCCAAGGUCAAUUUAUAACUACUUUGUUCAGAACUGGGAUGGCAUCAGGUCGGAAUGGGUACGGGGACUAAUGGCCAAGACAAGUAAUUACAUGAACAUGACAAACAAUAGGCUUGAAAGCAUUAACGCAAAAAUUAAAAGUUGUAUUCACAGAUAUUCUACAAUGCCAGAAUUCUUUUGUAGUUUGAUGAAGUGUAUUGAUGUAUUAGAAGGUGAACGAGAUCAAAGAGCAGCAGAAAUGGUUUUGAAGGUACCAAUGCAACCACCACCAAAUGACAUCGCCCAAUAUUAUGAAGUGCUCACACCUUAUGCAUACAAUCUUGUUAAAAUUCAGUACCAACUUUCUAAAGAAUACACUGUUGAGCAUCAGCAAGCAGGUGACUACUAUGUAGUAUGUAAAGACAAAAAAAAGUUACAAUGUGAUGUUGCCAAAUGUCACUGCGAAUUUUUCUCUUGUAUGAAAUUGCCUUCUCGACAUAUCUUUGCUGUCAAAAAGUACUCUAAAAGCAAUGUUUUUGAUGAGUCUGUCAUUAAUGAAAGAUGGCAAAAGGAGAAAUAUAAAUCAAGUCAGCGACUGUUUUUGAGGAAUAGUGUUGUUUAUGAAUCGGACCAUGGACAGGCAGUAAGUAUCCAAAAUAUUCCAGCGCCAAAACAAAAAAAGACACUGACUGAACAACAGAAGUACAAAAUGGCAAUGAGAGAUGCCCACUUACUUGCAGAAACUAUGUCACAUGCAUCCACUAAGAAAUUUCAUGUUCAGUUAAACUUAGUAAAAGAAAUAAACCGAGCUUGGAGGAAUGGAAGAACAAUAUCAGUAAUGUUUUCAGGUAAGUAUCUACUAUAACUUUCCCUAUUUUUUAGACA